CUGAACACGACGAUAUCACAACAUGCCGCGGAUCCAUGGAGGUCCUCGGCGUCUCUAGGCAUUCAAUCGCGGCGGCUGCUGAGCAGCACAACGGGUAGACGCAAUGCCGCAGAAGACGAGGAAGAGACCGGCAGCUACAGCGAGGCCGAUCACGAGCACGCCGUCAUCUCAACAUUUGACCUGUUUUCCAUCGGCAUAGGCCCGUCAUCAUCCCACACCGUCGGUCCGAUGAGGGCUGGAAACAUUUUCGUGGCUGAUCUUGCUGAGGCGAGUCUUUUGCACAAGGUCAAUAAGAUUCGGGUUUCCAUUUACGGCAGCUUGGCGCUCACUGGCGAAGGCCACAUGACCCCAUCUGCCUUGUUGCUCGGCCUCGAGAGUGCGGACGUCGAGACGGUUGACACGGCAUACGUUCCGGAAAGGUUCACCGAGAUCAAGAACACGAAGAAGCUUUACCUCGGUCAGGGCCUACCCGAUGGCAAGGGAAAAGAAGUUGCCUUCGAUUAUGAGCGCGACUUCGUCUGGGAAUGGGGCCGGAAGCUGCCCAUGCACAGCAACGGCAUGCGCUUCACAGUAUUCGAUAAAGAAGGUUACGUGCUCGCGACCAACGACAUGUUCAGCGUCGGCGGCGGUUUUGUCGUGAACGGCGCCUUGUCCAUCAACCCAGACGUUUCGUCCUCUUCAUCAUCUGGUCUUUCCAGGGUAGAAUCCCCCGACCCGUAUGCGGAGGAUACUGCUGGAAGGCAUCCGGUGGAUCUUGCCGAGAAUCUGUUUUACAAGGAGAUCCGGCGAUCUGACGCCGCUGGAGAUCGUCGGACAGGUGCCGAAGUCAAGCCCCUCGACGAGGCAGGAAACGACGCCAUGCUUCUGGGAAAGACACCAGACGAUCUCUCACCGGUCGCAUCGCAGAGCAACGACAUCAAUGCUUCAGAAACCCCCGAAAGUGAGCGCGAGACGUCGAGCCAAGGCCCUCGGUAUCCGUUCCGAGAUGCUUCGAGCUUGCUCUCGUUGUGCCGAAAACACAACCUUACUAUCGCCCAGCUUGUCUACGAAAAUGAGAAAAGCCACGGCUACACGGACGAGGAGAUCUAUCAUAAGCUCUUCAAAAUUUGGCAGGUUAUGGACACCAGCAUCUUGGAGAGCGUUCAAGCGCCGCUGGACACCAAGCUCCCCGGAUCCUUGAAGCUCCAUCGGCGCGCACCCGCACUCUAUCGGAGGCUGACCCGAGGACUGUACUCCACCCCUGGUCAAACAUCCAACAACCCAAACGAACAAAGAAGCGAUGGAAAGGACAUCAAGUUCAUUGGAUCUUCAGGAUUGGCUGCGAACUCAACAACGCCUGCGACGCUUAGCAAGACCAAAUCGACGAGCGUCGGCCUCGGUCCGGGCCGACGUCAGCCUCCCCGAGUGCUGGGCUCCCUCGACCACCCGAUCACGCCAUCCCCCUCGCGCCGGACGACUUUCCCGACAAUGGAUUAUCUCACAGUCUACGCUAUUGCGGUCAACGAGACCAAUGCAGCAGGUGGCCGCAUCGUGACGGCGCCCACGAAUGGUGCGGCCGGUAUCAUCCCCGCUGUACUGAAGUACACCAUCGAGUUCAUCAGCGACGAUCCCGAACGCGAUAUUCCGACGUUUCUCCUUACAGCUGCCGCCAUCGGAAUGCUCUACAAGCGCGGUGCCACGAUAUCUGCCGCCGAGGGAGGAUGCAUGGCUGAGGUCGGCGUAGCCUGUUCCAUGGCCGCGGGAGCAUUUGCCGCGUGCAUGGGCGCCAGUCCGGAGGCGAUUGAACAAGCUGCUGAGAUUGGUAUCGAGCACAACCUUGGCUUGACAUGCGACCCCAUCGGCGGUCUGGUGCAGGCGCCCUGCAUUGAGCGUAAUGCUCUGGGUGCCAUCAAGGCUAUCUCCAGUGCCAACUUGGCGCUGAGCAGCGAGACAGGCACGCAGAAGGUGAGGCUUGAUGACGCCAUUCGAGCGAUGCGUCUGACGGCCAAGGGAAUGAGGAAUGAAUUUAAGGAAACUAGUUUGAGCGGUUUGGCUACCAGCGUGCCUUUCAAUAUUCCAGUCAGUGUACCUGACUGCUGA